AUGGGCUUUCUCUUCGAAAAGCCCGCAGAAACCGCGGGGAAGGCAUGGCCUGCCAUUGUCAUCAGUGGCUUCGCUGCCUUCGGGGGGAUUCUCUUCGGCUAUGAUACUGGUACCAUCAGUGGCAUCCUUGCCAUGCCGUAUUGGGCCCGCACGUUCUCCACGGGCUACAGGGACAACACCGGCCAGCUGAACGUCACGUCGAGCCAGUCCUCUGCCAUUGUGUCCAUCCUAUCCGCGGGGACCUUCUUUGGAGCUCUCGGUGCCGCUCCCAUGGGCGACAUAAUCGGUCGUCGCUGGGGCCUGAUUGCCUCUAACGCUGUGUUUGUCCUGGGUGUGAUCCUGCAGACAAUCGCAACCGACAUUCCGCCCUUUCUUGCUGGGCGCUUCUUUGCCGGUUUGGGGGUUGGCCUGAUCUCUGCGCUGGUCCCUCUGUACCAGUCCGAGACUGCCCCCAAAUGGAUCCGAGGCUUCAUCGUCGGCUCGUACCAAUUCGCCAUCACCGUCGGUCUCCUCCUCGCAUCGGUUAUCAACAACGCAACGCACAACCACAACGACUCCGGCUCCUACCGCAUCCCCAUAGCCGUCCAGUUUGCCUGGUCCAUCAUCAUUGUCGUAGGCAUGUUGAUUCUCCCCGAGACACCACGCUACCUAGUCAAGAAAGGCAACAACAAAGCCGCAGCAUACAGCCUCUCGCGACUCCGCCGCCUCCCAGAAGAUCAUGAAGCAGUCCGCCAGGAGCUCAGCGACAUCCAGACAAACCACCAGUACGAAGCCAGCCUCGGCGAGUCCGGAUACAUCGACUGCUUCCGGGGUAAUCUGCUGAAGCGCCUCGUAACAGGGUGUUGCCUGCAGGGGCUACAGCAGCUAACGGGGAUAAAUUUCAUCAUCUACUACGGGACGCAGUUCUUCAAGAACUCCGGGUUCAAGAACGAGUUUAUCAUCACGCUGAUUAUCAACUGUGUCAACGUGGGCUCUACAAUUCCGGGGCUCUACGCAAUUGACAAAUGGGGGCGGCGCCCUGUCCUGCUCCUUGGGGCUGUCGGGAUGGCUGUCUCGCAGUUGAUUGUUGCUGUUCUGGGGACCACGACAACAGGCCAGGAUAGCCAAGGGACUAUCAUCGUGUAUAAUUAUGCGGCUCAGAAAGCGGCCAUUGCGUUUAUCUGCUUCUUCAUCUUCUUCUUCGCCGCCUCGUGGGGUCCGGUCGCCUGGGUUGUCACAGGGGAGAUCUUCCCCCUCAAAGCCCGCGCAAAAUCCCUCUCCAUGACGACUGCCACAAACUGGCUGCUGAACUGGGCGCUGAGCUUCUCAACUCCGUAUCUCGUCAACUACGGCGACGGCAACGCGAACCUGCAGUCGAAGAUCUUCUUCAUCUGGUUUGGGUGCUGCUUUGUUUGCGUUGGCUUUGUGUACUUUAUGAUCUACGAGACGAAGGGGCUGACGCUGGAAGAGGUUGAUGAGCUGUAUAAUGAGGUUCCAACUGCUCGUGCUAGUGUGGGCUGGCGGCCACGCACUCCGUCUAUUCAGAUGAUAGAGAAGGCUGAGGCGCAGGGUGGUAUUGUGGAGCAUUCUGAGGUUCCGCUCCGUGUUGAUGGUUCGGCUUGAGUGGGGUGGAGGUGGAGGAGUUCUAAUAGAGAUAAGUGGUAUAUAAGUGGUAGUGUGACGGAGAGGAUAGUUUGAGGAUGAAUAUAUUAGGACUUAUAUUCUUAGGGCUGGCUUAACAGAGGGUAUACACCAUGGUAUCUAGUUAUAUCAACUACGAAC